GUUGAAAAAUGCACGCGUCGACGAACGCGUCUUCUUCUGUGUGCAUACCGCGUCACCCAAGCUUUUACUACGCUACCUAUAUAAACUCACAAGAUCCCAAUUUCUUCUCCUAAUUUCUCAAUUUCUUCUUCUUCAAUCUCGAUUCGAUUACAAAACAUGGGUGGUGGGAAGGAUAAGCAUGAUGAAGGUGACAAAGGACUUUUCACAAACCUUGCCCAGGGCUUUGCUCAUGGAGGAGGACAUGGUUACCCACCUGGGCAAUACCCUCCACAACAAGGGUACCCUCCACAAGGUUACCCUCCACAACAGGGGUACCCUCCACAAGGUUACCCUCCACAACAUGGGUAUCCUCCACAACAGGGAUACCCUCCACAGGGGUACCCUCCACAACAAGGAUACCCUCCAGCUGGUUAUCCUCCUCAACAUGCAUCAGGAUCUCAUGGUGGCGGACAUGGCGCUAUGGGGGCAGUGCUUGCAGGCGGUGCUGCCGCCGCUGCUGCUGCAUAUGGUGCUCACCAACUUUCCCAUGGCUCUCAUGGUGCUCACGGAGCUCACGGCGGCUAUGCGCAUGGCGGCGGCUAUGGAUAUGGUAUGCCCCAUGGUGGCAAGUUCAAGCACGGCAAACAUGGCAAGUUCAAGCAUCAUGGUGGCAAGUUCAAGCACGGCAAACACGGCAAACAUGGUAUGUUUGGCGGAAAGUUCAAGAAGUGGAAAUGAGGAAUGUAUAAUCAUGAUACACACUACUAAUCGCUUGCUGCUGCAUAAUGCUUGUGUUGUUAAUAUAUAAAUAAAACCAUUACAUGGUAUGAUGUUUACUGAAUCCAUCAUCUUUUAUUGGUUGACCCUUUUUCAUUUUUUUCCCCGGAUAUAUCUGUACUUUCUUUUGGCUAUGACAAUGAUCGCUGAUGAUAAUUUCAAUUACCUUCCUGAAUUUCAUUAGAACGACACAAUGAUUGCUGGAUAACAUGGGGAUCCUUGAGGUUUUUAAUUUAUUUAUGCCUUUCUAGGCAGCAAGAAGCAAUAGAUUGAUUUAGCAUGUUCCUUUGUUA